AAUAACGUCACUGAGUCGUAUGACUUGCAUACAAAAUUAAAGGGUAUUUGGUAUUUGGCGGCUUAUAAGAUGAGCAAUCGUAUAUACAUAUAUUGAGCCCUAACCGCCAAGCAGGAGAAGAUCGGUCAAACACUCACAUAUGUGUAAGCAUCAAUCUAUAACCACAAAAAAGACUUAAGCGACAUAUUUUCAAAAUAUUAUUUUUGAUGCAGAAUUGCAUAUCUAAUAGGGCAUCUUUACGUUUCUGCAUCAAAAAGAAAAUUUUGGAAAUUUCGCUUACGACUUUUUAGCGGUUAGGGCUAGAUAUGUUAUGUACGUACAUAGAUAAUUUUCUUACGAGUUGUAGCAACAAGAACAUUUGCUGGAUGCUGUUGACUAGCAGUAUCCUCAGCCAGAUUUAAAUUUAAUCGAAUCAGAUCCUUUCACCCAUUUUUUACUACUUUUUGAUUAUCAUUUUUUAUAAAAAUAAAUAGUUUAUUACAAAAAAUAAAAUUAUAUAACAAACUUAAUAUAUAAUACGACCUCAACAGGCAAAGAUUUUCAGGGGCUUUAAUUUCUGUAAAUUAAAGAAAUUUGCAGCAGUAGAUACAUACAUAUGUACAUACAUACAUAUGCAAUUUUCUUAAAUGGGUCAUUAAAUAUCGUGAUUUUACCCUAACAUUCGCCUCUCGAGAAACCUUUUGAAUUUCCACAAAAUUUUACAUUUCUCUGACAUUGCUGCCUUCAUCCAUUAAUAAUUUGUAGGCACCCUAUAUCCUCACUGACAUCUUUUCGGGCAUGCUCAUACGUUGCUUUCGACUGCAUUCCGUAGUUUGCUUGCAUCAACCGCCACCAAUAGUUAAAAAUAUUAAAUAAAAAAUACUGUUUGUUUGCAACAGCUUGUAGUCUUAUUUAAAAUGUGUUAACAGUUACUAAGCACUUGUACAUCAUACAUACAUAAAUGUGUAUAAAUGAAUGUGCAAAUAAGUACAAAUAAAGUACUAAAAGUUGUAUGUCAAUUUAAUUCAAUAAAGAGCCCUCGAUCGCACCCCAAUUUAGCAGCCCACUUGUGUAUCGCACUCAUACACAGGCAUACGACCUUAACCUACUUCGUGUAAGCACUGGUUAUAACCACCACCCAGCCCCCUGGAACUGCCAACGCAAGCAAACCCAACAAGUAAGUAAGCGAGUGCACACAAUCGCAUUAUCACGCUACUGUCCACUGUCAUGGUUGAGGAAAGCGGUUGUCUCAGACAAACAGGCGCUUCACUGACGACAAGUAUGGUGGCCAGCGCCAGCUCUGUUAACAAUGUCAAGGGCGGCAAAUAUGUGUGGACAGACCGUGAAUUGCUGAUGCAUUUACAAAAUUACACGCCACUCAUAUUGCUUAUCGACUUUGUGGAGAAGACGCGGACAAAACGUUUUUACGAAGCAGGUGAACGCUAUGAGAUACUUAUGCUCAUCUUUAUAAUGCGUAAGGGUGCACCGUUUUGUGAGAAUAGACGCUUUCCUGAGGAGUAUUGGGUGAAUUUGUCGGUGGGUCCCAUUGCUGAAGCCUUUGACCGCUUGUCGGCCGCCAUAGAUAUACCGGAUCCGCAGUUGCCAAUACAUAUGACCGUUACGGACUUAACCAGCUGGAAGCAAAUGUUCGAUGCAGCAAUGUUGGAUAUACGCCGCUUUGCUUACUAUACAGAACCGCAGCAGUUGGCCGAAAUCGGUGUUUAUAAUCGAACUACUUUUGAGGAACGCUUCGGUUUGCAUUGGCGUGUUGAAUAGACAACAAAUUGUUUAUUGUUUACUUUUUAUUUUGCUUUCUGCUAGCAUCAAGUGGUGAAAUUUUGAAUUUACGUUGAUUGUUAUUUCCUGUUUCUUCCGUUCUUGCGCUUCCAUUGUUUGCCUCUAUAUCCGCAUCCGGCAUUAGGAAAUGGCGCAAAAGAAAAAACAAAAUUUGAAUGAAAAUUCGAAAACUUAAGAAAUUAAAACUGUGCCUUUACACUCGCAUAUUAAAGAAUUCACCAUAAUGAAGAAUAAAUUCUAUGUUAAUUUAAUAUAUGUAAAAAAUACUAUGCAUGUACAUAUGUAAAUGCAAAAAUGUGCAGGCAGGCACAUGUUAAUAAUAUAAUCAUAUAUGUAUGUAUGUAUGCAUAUUACAACCAAAUAAAGGAACUUACGUGAACAAUGAAUCAUUUACCAACAGUGCAAUCACAUUUACACGCACUAUAAAAUAUAUGUACUAUGUUAUGCAUUUACAUGUCGUACACCUUCUUCAAAAGGGACACAACUCAAAAAAAAA